UCUUUACUCUUUUCCCCUAUCCCUCAACUACCAAAAGUUAGCCCUUAGAACACCCUUUUCUUUCUUUCUUCCUUUCUUUGUUUCAGUGUUUUGUUCUACACAAAGCACCAACUCAUACAACACUUGCUAGCAAGAAAGGCAUGGCAACAUGUGGGAGCCUGCAUCACAUCUUGGACACCCUAUUGCCAGAAAACACAAAACUGAUUGAAUCCCUCUCAUGGAACCAAAUAAAGCCCAUAAAACCCGCAGACCAAACCCUUUCCUUCAAUGAGAUAUUUGGAGAGCCCUCCAUCCAGCCUUACGUUUCUACUUCAUCAUCAAGUGAGAAAACAAACAACAGCAACAGCCACAAAAGCAGUGAUAGCUUCUCAUCCUUGAGUUCUGAGAGUUUGCACCUUUGCACUGAGGGUCUUGGCUUUGAGAGUUCAGAUGAUGUUGAAGACUUAAAGGAUGGAACGAACGAGAGCUGGGAAAGGUUUAAGGAGAUAGAGGGUGUGAAAAGGUAUGCGAGUUCAAGGGUGAGUGAGUACCCUCCUCCCAUUUCAAGCAUAGGGAGGAGUGGAAAGCCUUGGGUUUGUUUCAAGUCUUACAGGAGUGAAGGGAGGUUUGUUCUCGAAGAGAUAAGGAUUCCCACGCACGAGUUCCUCCAUGCUUGUAGAGAGGAUGGAAGGUUGAAGCUGAAUUUUGUUCACCCUGAUGAUGAAUUUUCAGAAGAAGAAGAAGAAGAUGCUGAUGUAGAAAGUAUAGAUGAAGAAGAAGAAAACAUGGGUGAAGAAAAUGAUGAUUGUGUCAUAGAUCAUGAAAAUGAACAAAAAGAGAUUGAUGCUUAAGUGACUGGUCACUCACUUGAUGAAAGAGCAGAAAAUUUGAAUGCUAAGGAAAAAAAAAAAAAGAAAUCGAAGCACUGUUGUGAUUUUGUAUCUUUACUUUAAUACAUAUGUUAGUUUUCGUCUCUUAACUCCAGAGAUUUUUUCUGACACAAGCUGACGGCAUUUGGUCAAGUUUUUGUUCGCACUAGUUCUAACUUGGGUUUGGAGUUG